CGUCUCCAACCAGCGUAUUAAAUUCACUGUGCCGCUGCAACUUUGUUGUCACAACCGUGCCCCACCCCAGCCCUCCCUGUAACUCCGCCUUUUCACCUUCCAUCUCUCCUCUCCUCUCCUCUCCUCUCCAUGGCGGGGGGCGCCUGCUCUUGGGACGCCAUGGACGUCUACGAGGCCACCAAGGCGGUGUUCGCGCGGGUGCACGCGCUGGACCCCGACAACGCUUCCAAGAUCGUGGGCAUGCUCCUCAUCCAGGACGACGGCGAGAAGGACUUGAUCCGCCUCGCCUUCGGCCCCGAGCACCUCCUCCACUCCUUCGUCGCCAGGGCCCGCGCGGAGCUCGCCGCCAAGCCCUCGUCCCCGCCGUCGCCCGCGCUCGGGCCGGUGCAGACCGGGCCGCCAUGGGGGAUGCCGAGCCCCGGGGCCGAGCAGCAGGCGCCGUUCGCCGGCGACCAGGUGGGGUACGACGGAGGUGACGCGUUCUACCCUGAGGAGUACGACUGCUGGUCGCCGGCGAGCGGCGGGCACCGCCGGAGCUUCUCGCUGAGCGACGCUGAGGCCGCCGCGGCGGGCGCGUGGAGGCCGUGCCUGUACUUCGCGCGGGGGUACUGCAAGAACGGCUCCUCCUGCCGGUUCCUGCACGGCUUGCCCGAAGUCGACGCGGCGGCCGCAGAGCGGGAGAUGGUGGUCAUGCGCACUAAGGCCAUGGCCGGCGCGCGGCCACAGCAGCUCAUGGCGUCCGCGUUCCCCUUCUCGCCGUCGCCGGAAGGCCUCAACUUCCUGCUUGAGCAGCAGCAACAGAGCGAGCCCCAAAGGGCCGCCAUGCUGCUUGGCGGCGAGGACAUGUACAGGUUCUCCGUGCGCUCUCCUCGGAUGGACCGCGGCGACCUCAUCGCCAACCCCGCCGCGCGGCAGAUCUACCUGACAUUCCCGGCCGACUCCACCUUUAGCGAGGAGGACGUGUCCAACUACUUCAGCAUGUACGGGCCGGUGCAGGACGUGCGGAUCCCGUACCAACAGAAGCGCAUGUUCGGGUUCGUCACCUUCGUCUACCCGGAGACAGUGAAGGCAAUCCUCGCCAAGGGCAACCCGCAUUUCGUGUGUGACGCGCGCGUGCUCGUCAAGCCCUACAAGGAGAAGGGCAAGGUCCCCGACAGGUUCAGGAAGCUACAGCACCCGCACCAUGGCGAGUUCACUGGCUGCACGACGCCUACCGGAUUGCUGGAUGCCAGGGACCCCUUCGACCUGCACCAGCCACAGAUUGGGCCAAGAAUGAUGUAUGGAAACACUGCCAACCGCGAGGCAUUUCUGAGGAAGCUCGAAGAGCAGCAGCAGGCAGCCGAGCUGCAGCAAGCCAUUGAGCUGCAGGGUCGCCGGUUCAUGGGGUUGCAGCUUCUCGACCUCAAGAACAGGGGUCACCAUCUCAGCUCCCCCCUCGUCUCACCAAUCGCUCCGAGACAAACUGAUGACAAAGGCAGCGUCAAUAGGAAUGGCAAUGCCGUCCAUUUGGAGGAUGUCACCAUCCAAGAUAACAAGCUGCAUAGCCUUGCCAUGAGUGCUCCUGCAUCUGCUGCUAUCUCUGCAACUGCUGCAGAAAGCAAGCAUGAAGAGCAGCAAAAAGAGGAGGAUGGUGAUGGCACUCCGAAGCAGGUAGUCAACCCUGGGGAAGAAGAGAAGAGGGAAUCUGGCCCUGGGGCAACAACAGCCAAUGUUGCUUGUGGAUUCCAAGAAAGUGGCGUGGAGAAUUUGCCUGAUAGCCCCUUUGCACCCCCCACCAAGGCCUCCAUUGAUGCUGCUGCUGCAACUGCUCACAAUGGUAACAUCAACAACAGAAGCCCUUACCAUGUGGCUUCAUCGCUCUUUCCCUCAACACCCCCCACCCUUGAGCUGCCCCCCUACAGCUCAUGCUUCUUUCAAGCACCCAGGUUUUCCUCUGGGCAUGAAGCCAUUGGGCUGUGAGUAUAAUGCAAAAAGGGGUCUCCUCUCCUCCAAGCUGGGAGGACCAUCAUGACCCCAUUAAGUGGAGGAAAGGGUAGAAAGAUUUAACAAAUACUAGGUGUAUCUUCAGAGGAACAGCAACAACAACAAAGAAAGAAGUCUAGGUUGUUUAGCUCUAGGCCUCAAGUAUAUGAUAGUAGUCGUAUAAAUAAUAACAGUCGUUUAGUAGCUCCCGCCAGUAUCAAGAACAAGAUCAACAAAGCAUCAUCGUGUUGUAUGCUCCUUUGUAGUGUGGAUCUUAGUAUGAUACAAGUAUACCUUAGCUGGUGUAGUAACUAGUCUUGGUAGCCGGUUGUUGUCAAGUGACAUUGCUGCAUACAGACAUCCAAAGAGAAACAGGUAGAGAGUAGAGUGGACAAAAGCCAGACAGACAGACUGCAGUGACAGAAGGAAAAGUGGUGAGAGGGGCACUGCUGGACCAGAUCACUCACGGGUGCAGAGAACCAAAGAGGAAUCAUCUCAUCAGCAAUUCAGCACUGACCACUCUCAUCAUCUGUAUCCUCCUUUUGCCAAUGCGCUAGUCAUGUAUGGAUGCAGCAGCAGCACUCCUAGUCUCUGCAUCCAACUUAUGCUAUUCUCCUUUCCACCCUUCUAGAACAGUAGAAGCUAGUAGACAAAGAAUUGGAAAAGUAAUUAUCAGUCAUAUUUGUCUUUGGAGUAGUA